GUAGGGGGUGUGGCAGGCAGGUGACACACUCGUCAGAGCUGGGGCUGCCAGAGAGUGAGACUUUCUGCCUCACCUCUGCAGGCUUCACAUCAUUCCCCAGCUGCCCGGUGUCACAUUGGGCAAGCAGGGACAUCCUCAGUGGGGCUGAAGCUCCAGGAGGUGAGUAGCUGGGUGGCCAGCACAGCUCUCCUUCCUGCUGAGGAGCCAGUGAUCUCACUGCUUGGCACAUCUGCUACGCCAAGGGGGCUAAAAUCUUUGACUUGGUCUGGAGGAGCCAAGUGACAUCUACUGGGCCUGGUGUUCCAGGAGGAGCUGAGCCAGGGCAGAGAGGAAGCCAGCACAGGACAAGCCAGGUCCCUUGUGCUUGUGUGCAUGCUGUGCUGGCAGGCAGGAUGGCUCGGAAGAUGAGCAUCGAUGAGCUGGAGGACCAGCUCCUCUGUCCCAUCUGUUUGGAGGUCUUCAAGGAGCCCCUAAUGCUGCAGUGUGGGCAUUCGUACUGCAAGUCCUGCGUGGUGUCAUUGUCCUCCGAGCUGGAUGGGCAGUUCCUGUGCCCUGUGUGCCGCCAAAGCGUGGACUGCAGUGCUUCGCCACCCAACGUCACUUUGGCCCGUGUCAUUGAGGCACUGCAGAGCCGGGGUGAGGCAGAGUCCACCCCAGAAUCCUGCCCAGCCCACCACAAUCCCCUCAGCCUCUUCUGUGAGGAUGACCAAGAGGUGAUCUGUGGACUGUGCGGCACCAUCGGCAACCACCGCCAGCACAAGAUCACACCCAUCUCUACCACAUACUGCCGGAUGAAGGAGGAGCUGUCUGUGCUGCUAACUGACAUCCACCAAUGCAAGAGGAACCUAGAUGAACAAUUCAGCAGGCUCAUCAACAACAAAAUACGCAUUACAAAUGAGGCAGAUGUCUUCAAGUGUGUGACACGUAAGGAGUUCCAAGAGCUGCACAGGUACAUUGAUGAGGAGAAGGCCACCUUCCUGGAGAGUGUCGAAGGGAAGGCAACCCAGCUCAUCACCUCCAUCGAGUCCCAGGUCAGGCAGACGUCAGAUGCCCUGCAGAGGCUAAAGGAGAUGGAGAGCUUGCUGGAGACACUCAACAAUGAAAGCCAGCUUGAUUUCAUCCGGAAAUACAGCUCCUCCCAGUUCAGGUCAGAGCUUCCCAGCCUGCAGGUGGGUGAUGGCAUCUUCAGCCCUGUUUCCUUCAAGCCAUGUUUCCACCAAGAUGACAUCAAGAUGACUGUGUGGAAGCGCCUGCACCGCCGGGUUCUGCCAGCUCCAGAGAUGCUGAAACUGGACCCUGUGACUGCACAUCCCCUCCUGGAACUCUUCAAGGGUGACACAGUGGUGCAGUGUGGACUCUACCAGCGCCGGGACAGCAACCCCAAGCGUUUCAACUCCAGCAACUGCAUCCUCACCAGCAAGGGCUUCUCCUGUGGUCAGCACUACUGGGAGGUGAUUGUUGGCACCAGGAACCACUGGCGCGUGGGCAUCAUCAAGGGUACAGUCAGCCGCAAAGGGAAGCUCAACAAGUCUCCUGAGCACGGUGUGUGGCUCAUUGGCCUAAAGGAAGGGAAAGUCUACGAGGCCUUCAGCACCCCGCGGGCCACCCUGCCACUGACUACCCGGCCUCAGCGCAUCGGGAUCUAUUUGCACUACGAGAAGGGGGAGCUGACCUUCUAUAAUGCCGACAGCCCUGAUGAGCUCAGCCCCAUCUACACCUUCCAGGCGGAGUUCCAGGGCCAGCUCUACCCUAUUGUGGACCUGUGCUGGCCAGAGCGAGGGCCCUAUUCCCUGCCCAUCAUCCUGCCCACGCCUGCCCUGAGCCAGCACCCCCAUGGGCCGUACAAACAUCCUGCCCCAGAGGAGCCCACCAAACUGUAGUCUGUCCAGCAGGAUGAACCUCUGGCCAUGGAAGACCAUGGCUUGCAUUAUUUCCUGGGGUGCCACCUCAGUUAUGGGAUGGACAUCGAAACAGGUUCUUUGGCCCUUUACAACACAGAAUCUGUCACUAAGCAAAGCUGCCUGCUGUGCCACUUUUGGUAGGGAAGGGGUACAGGCCUAGUGCCUGCCUUUGUUCCUGUCUCCAUGGCUAAUUCCUGCCACCCAUCUCUGCCCAAACACUGCUGGGCUGCUCUGGACCCACACUGGUAGUUUGUUCCCUCUCAUGCAGAGCAUGAUACAAAGGCAGGAAUGCUCUGCCCUACUUACCACGUCCCACCUGAACAGACCGAGACAUACAGUAAGGAAACCCGUGACACAUUCAGAGUCUUCUGUUGCCUGCAUUUCUGCCAGCUACUGAUUAGUGACUGCUCUGGCCAAAGGAAAUGGCCUGAAGCUAUGACUAGGGCUAGCUGGAAGCAUCCAGGGCAGAUGAAAGCAGGGUCUUUGUUGGUCUACCCCUCUGAAUAAUUGGACUUUGCAUUAGGUGAGCCGAUUGCUGACUAACAUUGUCACUGUGCCUGAGGAAGCGGAAUUGCCAUUGCAGUGGUCUGCAGAGGUUCAUAGUGCUGCUGGAGAGGAAAACAGAUGUUUUAAAAGCAGCAGCCAGAAAGCUGUUUGCUAGCUGGUGAGCAGCCAAUGGGGCAGAAACAGGGCCAGUAUGUGUUAGCUGAAGGGCCACGGGACCAUGACAGCAGCAAGCCUGCCUGGUUAGGCAGCUCAUCUCUUCCAGCUUCUCAGGGAUGCUAGCUGGUGCUGACAUCAGGGCGUCUCACACCCGGCCCGGUUUGGAGUGACACGCUGAGCCUGGCAGGGCUAUGGGCAGCAGGCUAUGUGGAGGUGCUCACUCGGAGUGAGGAGGUGCUGGCCUGAGGAGUGAGGUGGUAUGAUAAGAGCAGGGCCAGGCACCCCGAUGUCCCAUCUGAGUCAUGAGCCAACAAGCUCUGCUACACCUACAGCCAGCCUGGGAGCAGGAAGCCGACCAGUCUUGCCUCUCUUCAACUAGGCCCAUAGGGCAUCUUUAUUCUGGGGAAGUACCAGGAAUGUUAGGCAAAAUAUCAGACAUGGAGCAUGCAUUUUAUUAUCAAUUACUAUGGAUUUAAAUAUUGCUGCCUUAGUUCUGAAAUUCAAGCAGUUCCAGUUCCUAAAUCACAGACAUCCAUUAAACCCACUACAGCUCUAUCUCAACAGACAUUACACAAUGUUUUCUUCUCCAUUUCCGUGUCAGUCUGGCUGGAUCCUGAUAUAUUGGAAAAUGGUCGUGCAUCUUUCCAGGUUAGAUCUGCAGCAGAGAAUCUUAGGAACAGAAAUGCUUCCUAAUUUUACGAACCUUGAGAAGUGUUCGGCAUAUCUACUCCUCUAAAAGACGUGUGUUACAAUUCAAAACCAAAUUUCUUUGCUGGGAGCAGCAGGACCCCUCCUCUUCUCAGUGGGCAGACACCACUGAAAAAUACGCAGGUCACAGGCAGUGUCUCAGAAAAAUACCAAGCAGCAUUUUUUGAUUUGGUUCUUAUGUCACUGUAUCGCUAUGCCAAAGUGGCUGCCGCUUACUGUAGCCUUCUGCUUGCCUGGACUGUCAAGAGUUUAUGACUAUUAAAAAGCGUGGCUAUUUUUCUCUAAA